AUGCCAUUGCUGCCGCCUCCGCCGCCGCCGACGGCGGCUCCCGGGUGCGGGAGGCGGAGGCUGAGCGGCCGACGAAGGCGACGAUCAAAGAGGAGGAACUGGGCAGCGCUGCCCCUGGACGUGAUGCUCUACGUCCUCCACAAGCUGGACGACGUCGAGCUCAUGUUCGGUGGCCCGGCCAGGGUGUGCCGCUCCUGGCACGACGCCGUGUGCGAGCCCGAGCUGUGGCGCCGGAUCGACAUGCGCGGCCGCUCCCUGUGCUUCCGAGAGACGGUCAGCCUCAAAAAUAUGGCGCAGCUCUCCAUUUGGUUCAGCGCCGGGCAGUGCCGAGAGUUCUUCGGCCAGCACGACGUCGACAACGACCUCCUCCUCUUCCUGGCCGACCGGGCACCCUUAUUGAAGAGUCUUCAUCUUAUCAAGCAUUGUGAUGUGACCAGUGAAACAUUUGCAAAGGCAAUAAUGAAAUUCCCUCUGUUGGAGGAGCUCGAGCUUUGGGAGUGUGAGACACAUGACACCGGGGUCUUUGACCUUGUUGCCAUGGCUUGUCCACAACUGAAGCACUUAAAACAUGUCAAAGAUAGAGGAUAUUCGCGAUAUAUCUGGCUUGAAUACCCUACCGAUAACAGCGAAGCCUUGGCAAUUGCGAAGAUGCAUGAGCUACGCUCCUUGAAGCUUUUCCACGGCGGCCUCGACAACCAAGGAUUGACAGCCAUCCUUGAUGGUUGCCCUCAUCUGGAGUACCUUGACAUACGGUAUUGCAACAACAUCAUCAUGGAUAGGAGCAUGCGAGCAAAGUGCGCCCAUGUUAAGAAGAAGAAACUGUAUCCAUCUGCGCCAAUGGAUAAUUGGGUGUGUCCUUGGUCUGACAUCCAUGAUGACUUCACCAUUGAUUCUGAUUAUUUCGAGCCUAGCAUCACUGUUUGUAGUUGCUAUCGUCCAUGGGAUAGGGAUAGGCAUUGGUGCUAUUGCAACCAUGAUGAUGAGCCAGAUUGUCGAUUUUUCAAUGUGGAGCCUUAUGACUCUAAGGACUCUGAUCAUUCUCGCUUCUUUAGUGGUGCCGAGGAGAACGAGUUUGAGUAUUGGAGAACCUAAGGAACAUUUGA